AUGAAGUUCGCCAAGUUUGAAUUGGUUCCUGAAUGGCGUGCCAAAUACUUGGAUUAUAAGACGGGCAAGAAAAAAGUUAAAGCCAUUGCGCGCGCCAUUCAAAAGACCCAUCGAAGCCCUCGUUACCCGUCCCUUCGACGUGCCAACACUGGGCUGGACGAUCCAGCCGCCACCCCCUCCAAUCCCUUUCUCUCCUCAUCUCUUCGUGGUUCAGACAACAGAAGACUUGAGAUUCCUGGCUCGUUCUAUAACCCUUCAACUCCCGGUGGCAUUGCGGCAACCCCUUCACGCUCGACAACCGGCCAACGUAAUGAACGCCAGCCGUUGCGAGUACCGGGAUCUCGGUUCUCCGCCGUCGUUGGAAGCUAUGGCAGCAUUAUUCCGUCGCCUCCACAUCACGGCGCCACUUCCGAUAUAGCCUCUCUUGAGUUGCCUGACCCGGCACUUGACCCCAAGGAUGAUGCUUUUUACUCGCCUCCAAAAGAUACCAAUCGUGGGAACAGACUGAAGGCUCCGUCUCCUGACAUCUCUCGGAACGGCAGUAGUAGGAAGGGUCCCCUCGACUCUCACAACCGGAGCCCCUUGGCACAACCGUCGGAAGGGGGCAAGUCAAGCCUGAGAAAUACGUAUGCAGGACCUUCCGCCACGAGGACCUCGCAGCUCCUCAAGCGAGUGUUCUCGUAUCCCGAUUGGGAACAGCCCGAGAAACGCCCGCAGACGACCACUUCCAUGUCAGAAGUGGAGCGCCGAGAGGAUGAGUUCUUCGGGUUUCUGGACGGCGAGCUGGCCAAGAUCGAGUCUUUCUACCAGAUGAAGGAAAAUGAAGCCACCCAGCGCCUACAGGUGCUCCGAGAACAGCUGCACAUCAUGCGAGACAGACGAAUCCAGGAAGUCUUGAGUGCCAAAAAAUCACGCUCCCGGAACAUUGAUGGACAUCAAUCUAACGGACUCGUCAAAUUGAAUGGCUUCAGCGGUCUCCGCCUCAAAGAGACACUGAUGGGCCGGAAUCGCUUUGGGAAGAAUUCCGAAGCGCUGGCACAGAUGAAUACGGUGGCAGCAACCGGAGGGCAGAAUCCCGACACAGUCAUGGAUCGUCGAGACUUCAUGCGCCGGCCAGAGGAUGCACAGCAUGGCGAUGUUACCUAUCGUUCCGCAAAACGGAAGCUGAAAUAUGCCCUUCAAGAAUUCUAUCGCGGUCUCGAGCUGCUCAAAGCCUAUGCCUACCUUAAUCGAACGGCUUUCCGAAAGAUCAACAAGAAAUAUGACAAGGUCGUCCACGCUCGCCCGACCAUGCGAUACAUGUCAGAAAAGGUCAAUAAAUCUUGGUUUGUUCAGAGUGAAGUCACCGAGAAUCUGAUGGCCGCGACGGAAGACCUGUACGCUCGUUAUUUCGAACGCGGCAACCGCAAGAUUGCCAUUUCUAAAUUGCGCCACACCAUCAACAAAUCGGGAGACUAUUCUCCAAACACCUUCCGCGCUGGAUUGCUCUCAAUGGCUGGUGUCCUAUUCGGAAUUCAAUCGUUGAUAUAUGCGGGCCAGCACCUCGAGCAUGAGGACGACGAUGUCCAGGUUCGAACAAGUUAUCUACUUCAGAUAUACGCUGGUUAUUUCCUGAUAGUUUUCCAUUUUCUGCUCUUCUGCCUGGAUUGCAUGGUUUGGACAAAAUCCAAAAUCAACUAUGCUUUCGUUUUUGAAUAUGACACGCGACAUGCCCUGGAUUGGCGCCAGUUAUCCGAGCUUCCUUGCGUCUUCAUGUUUAUGCUUGGCUUAUUUAUGUGGCUCAAUUUUUUGACCAUUAACUCGAUAUAUAUCUAUUGGCCUGUUGUGCUGAUAGGACUCACGGUGUUUAUUCUUUUUCUGCCUGCCCGUGUGCUCUAUCAUCGGAGCCGAAAAUGGUGGGCAUAUUCCAAUUGGCGUUUGCUUCUUGCUGGACUAUAUCCCGUCGAGUUUCGCGAUUUCUUUCUUGGGGAUAUGUAUUGCUCUCAAACCUAUGCUAUGGGGAAUAUCGAACUAUUCUUCUGUCUAUAUGCACAGCAUUGGGACAAUGCUCCACAGUGCAAUUCUAGUCAUUCCAGACUAUUGGGUUUCUUCCAAUGUCUGCCAUCUAUUUGGCGUGCGUUGCAAUGUCUUCGCCGUUAUGCGGAUACAAAGAACAUGUUUCCACACCUCCUGAAUUUUGGAAAAUACAUGUUCGGAGUCCUCUACUAUGCAACCUUGAGCAUGUACCGCAUUGAGAAGAUGACACGAUUCCAGGCUCCCUUUGUCACCUUUGCUCUACUCAACGCUGUCUAUACCUCAGUUUGGGACCUAAUCAUGGACUGGAGUUUGGGAAAUCCCUACGCCAAACAUCCUCUAUUGCGUGAAGUGCUGGCAUUCCGCAAGGUGUGGGUUUAUUACGUGGCAAUGGUCUUUGACGUAAUCAUCCGUUUCAACUGGAUUUACUACGCCAUCUUCGCUGCCGAUAUGCAACACUCUGCGCUGCUGAGCUUUAUUGUGGCGCUGUCUGAAAUCUUCCGAAGAGGCGUCUGGACAAUUUUCCGUGUGGAGAAUGAGCAUUGUACGAACGUGCUUCUUUUCCGAGCGUCCCGGGACGUUCCCUUGCCAUACGAGGUGACCACUCCAGAGGCCGAAGGCGAGCAAGAGGGAGAGGAGCUGCAGCUUCGGCGGCAGCGAACAACCACACCUAGGUCCGCACCAGCAGACGUUGAACAUGGACCGCCAACAACGCCUAGUCUUUCUGUUCGGCCACGCGGUCUUUCUCGUGUUGGAUCGCUCGUGGCUGCGGCUCACGCCCAGGACUUUGAGCGCAGGAAACGGCCGGGACAGUUGACUGUGGCUUCUGUUACGCAUGGGCCAACGAGUGCUGAUGAUUCUACUGACGAAGAGGAGGAAGAUCAGGUGAAUUCUCGACAAGAUACGGACACAGAUGAGGCUGCGACGGAAGGCUCCUCUCCACGUGCAGAGUCUCAGAGAUUGCCCAAUUGA